CAAGUAGCCACGUUGGUUAGCCGGGCUGCUCCAGCGCGCUGGUGUGUCGACGUCUUCACAUCUAUGCUGACCACAGAUAGUGGCAACGGUCCCCGGAGGAGGUUACACCACAGUGGAAUUACGGUUUCCGGCGGACGUAAUUGAAGGUAACACCGUUUUGGCAGUUCGGGUAAAUUACACUAUUUUGCUCUGUCGAGAAACGCCAUGAAGUGUUUGUGUGCGGUGUUUUAAGUUAAACCACACAGUCAGCCGGGUGACAGACUGAGACGUCUGAUAAACCAACUGUUUCAUAUCCUUAUCAACAGGCCAGUCGCACCCCACCACAGUCAUGAACCACGGUACACAGCACUGUUUUGUGUCGUGUUUUGAAGUGUCGCCAUUUAUUAUUUGUCGUUUUGCGUUCUCGUUCAGCCAAUGAAGACUGUAGCAGUCCUUGGAGGGGGCAUCGGGGGAUUGGCCGCAUCUUACUAUCUCUGCAAAAGUCCCCAGGUUGCUAAGGUCAUUUUACUUGAGUCCAGUAGUCGUUAUGGGGGUUGGCUGUGGUCCACCAGAAGGUCCGAUGGAGCGGUGUUCGAACAUGGACCCAGAGGGAUCAGACCUGCUGGGGCAGUGGGAAGAAAUACCCUUAAUAUGGUAGAGGACCUGGGUCUUUCAGGAGAGGUUCUGCCUGUCACCUACAGACACGAUGCAUCCAAAAACAGAUAUCUAUAUGUCAACAAACAACUUCAUAGGAUGCCCUCAGGAAUAAGUGGACUUCUCAGGACAGUCUCACCUUUCUCACGCCCCCUGCUAUUCAGCAUCGCCACAGAGAUCUUUGCAAAGAGAAGCAAAGGCGAAGACGAAUCCAUCCAUUCGUUUGUGUCUCGAAGGCUUGGAAAAGAGCUUGCAAACAUCGCUGUGGACAGUCUGUGUCGAGGGGUGUUUGCGGGGGAUUGCCGGAAGUUGAGUGUGCGCUCUUGUUUUCCCGUCCUCUACAACGCUGAGAAGCGCAGAGGUUCCCUAACACUUGGCAUGCUUCUGGGCUCUGGCCCCUCCCAAGUGGUUCCUCCUGGUCCUCUGAGCCAGCGAUCUAUGAAGGAGUCUUGGGCCCAGUGGUCCCUUAGAAGGGGGUUGGAGGACCUCCCGGAGUCCAUCAUUGACUUUCUCCAAAGGAGCGAGAGGGUCCAGCUACACCGGGAAGUGCCUGUAAAACACAUCAAUCCUUUGGCUAUGGGUUCGACGAUCCAUUUGGACGAUGGGAUCAUAACAGCUGACCACAUCAUCUCUGCUUUGCCUGCUAAAGUACUCUCAUCUGUUCUGCCGUCCUCCUGUCUGCCACUCAUCCAGAAGCUGCAGGACAUCUCCUGUGUCACUGUCGCUGUGGUAAAUCUGCAGUAUGAGGGGUCUGUACUCCCUUUGACGGGAUUUGGACACCUGGUUCCAUCAUCAGAGGAUCUGGGCUUACUGGGUGUGACCUAUGACUCUGUCCCCUUCCCUCAACACGACAGACAUAAAGGAGCAACAACAAGACUUACGGUGAUGAUGGGUGGUGCCUGGUUCCAUGAAGUGUUUGGCUCCCCAAGUGCAGUAACAGAGGGCCAGCUUUUAGAGCGAGCCACUGAGGCGGUGCGCUGUCACCUAGGAGUCACCUCGGCACCCAGCUGGAGUUGGGUUGCUCUACAGAAGGAUUGUAUACCUCAGUAUUAUGAGGGCCACUUUUGGAGAGUAGAGUACAUGCGCAACUUCAUCAAGAACAACAACCUUUCACUUUCUCUGAUUGGGUCCUCCUAUGAUGGUGUGGCCGUCAAUGAUGUCAUCUUUAGUGCAAGGGCAGCUGUAGAAGAGUUGUUGGGAACUGGAGUUUCAUAGAGUUGCAAUAACAUGACCUUUUUUUAACUGUACAUCAGUAUUGUACUCCCGCUAUUUUCAGGGAAUAGGGAACGGGCCAGACCACAGAGUGAAAAGUCCAUGCCCAUUAUAAUUGUAUUGGAUUUUUAUUUAUUUUUUAAGCCAUCAAUAAAUCAGGGUGGCCCCACCCCACCCAAAAAAAUAAAUUGCAGAUAGGGGAAUCUGAAGAUGCUGAACUGCGAGUAUGGGUCUGGUGACCUCUCUCUGCCACUAAAUAUUGAUACAUGCAUUGAGCAGUGACUUCCACAUAUCUAAAGGAAAGGAAUAAAGUGAAACAAAGCCUUCACUUCUAGAGCUAAAGAAAGUUGUACAAUCUGCAUUUUGUGAUCUGAGCUUGCAAUAAAAUGAACAGUGAUGAAUGUAACAAAACUUGGAUGACUGUAUGCUGAGCAAAUAUUUUAAAAUGGGUUAAUUCUUGA